UGGAACUUCCCUACGAUCUACAAACGUGGCGUUUUACGGUUCCAGUCCCUGCUGAGCUGGGAGAUGUCGGCUGCGGGACGGCCCGAGCCCUUGCGUCCUCCCAACGGCUUUGCGAAGCGGGUCCUGGUGACCGGGGGUGCUGGUUUCAUUGCAUCACAUGUGAUUGUCUCCUUAGUAGAAGAUUAUCCAAACUAUAUGAUCAUAAAUCUAGACAAGCUGGAUUACUGUGCAAGCCUGAAGAAUCUUGAAACCAUUUCUAAUAAACAAAAUUACAAAUUUAUACAGGGUGACAUAUGUGAUUCUCACUUCGUGAAACUACUUUUUGAAACAGAGAAAAUAGACAUAGUACUACAUUUUGCUGCACAAACACAUGUAGAUCUUUCAUUUGUCCGUGCCUUUGAGUUUACGUAUGUUAAUGUUUAUGGCACUAACGUUUUGCUAAGUGCUGCUCAUGAAGCCAGAGUGGAGAAAUUUAUUUAUGUCAGCACAGAUGAGGUCUAUGGAGGCAGUCUUGAUAAGGAAUUUGAUGAAUCUUCUCCCAAACAACCUACAAAUCCUUAUGCAUCAUCUAAAGCAGCUGCUGAGUGUUUUGUACAGUCUUACUGGGAACGAUACAGGUUUCCAGUUGUCAUCACACGAAGCAGUAAUGUUUAUGGACCACAUCAAUAUCCAGAAAAGGUUAUUCCAAAAUUUAUAUCUUUACUUCAACACAACAGGAAAUGCUGCAUUCAUGGAUCAGGGCUUCAAACAAGAAACUUCCUUUAUGCUACUGAUGUAGUAGAAGCAUUUCUCACUGUCCUCAAAAAGGGAAAACCCGGUGAAAUUUAUAACAUUGGAACCAAUUUUGAAAUGUCAGUUCUCCAGCUUGCCAAAGAACUAAUACAACUGAUCAAAGAGACCAAUUCAGAGUCUGAAAUGGAAAACUGGGUUGAUUAUGUUAAUGAUAGACCUACCAAUGACAUGAGAUAUCCAAUGAAAUCAGAAAAGAUACAUGGCUUAGGAUGGAGACCUAAAGUGCCGUGGAAAGAAGGAAUAAAGAAAACAAUUGAGUGGUACAGAGAGAAUUUUCACAACUGGAAGAAUGCAGAAAAGGCAUUAGAACCCUUUCCAGUAUAACCACCGUUUGUAUAGUCGGGACAGUUUUCAGAGAAAGAAGAAACUUAUCCUACCUCAACAAAUGAUAUGAAAUCAAGCGACCAAAUGAAGUGUCCUCUUCAUUUGGAAUUAGAUUAUGACUUUUUGUAUAAAAUUCAAAUGUAGGGCUUCCCUGUCUUUAGAAGAGGUUCAGUAUUAGCAUAGGAUUUAAAUAUCAAAAUUCUCUCAGAAACCUUCCCUCCUAAAAAUUAGGAACCAGUAAGCAUAGAAAGACUCUUCUGUAGGUGUGGGCCAGGAAGGAGGAAUCUCCUGGUUCUGAGAACAAGGACAGGUAAUAGCUCUGGGCAGAUGACAGCCUUCGCUGGCAUUGAACUCAGCUUCCCAUCCUUUCCCACUGCCUAGACAGUCUCUGAAGUUUUUUAGGCAGUAUAGGAUGAGCCUUUUACCCUAAUUUAUCUUUUUAAGGUCUGAUGUGCUACAAUUGCUUUAAAAAUGGAACAAAUGGAAGCAUAUCUAGCACUUUUUAUUUGAUAAUUUUGUACAAUUAAGUUAAAUAUUUUUUGAAAGAAGGAUGUCGUUUUUAUAUUUUCAAAAUUGGUCAUUGAACUAUGUAAGUAAUCUUGUAUCAGAGAAAUUUUAUCAUGUAUUUACUGUUUAAAAUGAUUUUAUUUAUAAAAUUAUCGAUACUUUAUUAAUGUAUUAUGUGGCUUUUUUAAAAGUAAUGUAUGUUUUUGUUUUGCUGUAAAAAAUUUUUUUAAAUACUUGAUUAUCAUGUAUUUUUAGUUCCUCUCUUCCCUAAAGACUUUAAGAUGAUUUGAAAAGGUAACUGAUUAGAUAUUACAUUCAGAAAAGGGAAAGGGUCAAAGACUAUGCCCAGCUUUCUGGCCUCAGUGUGUGACUGGUGCCUUGUUUUCUCUGUGGAGUAGGAAGCAAGGUUAUUAACUCAGAGGUGGUUGAAGGAGGGCGAUAGGAGUGGCAUAAUGGCCUGGGAAAAGUGUAGUAAGCAGAUUGAAAAUUAGUAAGGGGAUUUGCCAAACAGGAGUGAAACACAAACUGAGGCCGAACACUGUAAUUGCAGAAUUCUGCUAUGUGUCGAAAUAGAUUGAGCCAGAGCUGGGCUCAGUGUGAGGCCCAGGGACUAGAGUUGAGUGAGAUCGACUGAAAUGAUGGUCCCCUGGUCUUAGGUGUGUAGGGAAGAAAUGCUUCUUGGAGGUAGUCUGUAGCUCUAGAGAAAAUGGAGAGGGGAGAGGGCCGAAGGGAGCGGGGGUACGAUCUCAGGGAGGCAACUGUAGGAAGUUACAGGCAGAAAAUGGGAGCAACUGAGAGCAAAUAGUCUUUGGUGGAGUUUGGUCAUUGAGGGUAGCUGACAAAAUAAAAACACUUGUUCUGUGUCAUUUGUUCUUGCACAUAUUUUUGUGAUCCUUCAGGCAGUGAAAAUACUCUGUAUGAUAAUAUGAUGAUGUCCAUAUGUCAAUUUACAUUUAUCCAAACCCACAGAAUGUAUAUAUAACACCAAGAGUGAACCCUAAGAUAAACUGUGUCCUUGGGGUGAUUAUGGUAUGUCAAUUUGGAUUCAUCCUUGGCUAAAAAAAAAAAGCACCGUUCUGGUGAAUGAUGUUGAUAAUGAGGGAGACUAUGCAUAUGUAGGGACAAGGGAGUACAUGAGAAAUCUCUACCUCCCUCUCAAUUUUGUGAUAAACCUAAAACUCUAAAAAAAUUGUCUUAAAAAAAAAAGAACAACCUUAGAAAAGAAAUCAGCUAAGUUGAAAGCUUUUGGUCUCCAAGAGCCCUCUGAAAGCUGCCCUUUCCUCCCUGCUCU